AUGCCUCAGUCGUCUGUGAGUCCGGAUCGCAUCAGAGUACUCAAUCAACCCGUAACAGGUCUCACAUCUCCUGGACCAGUUAUCUAUUGGAUGAGUCGAGAGAUCCGUUCUCGUGACAAUUGGGCGCUAAUCCAUGCACAGAAUGUGGCCCUUCGGAGUAAACGACCUCUCUUAGUUGUUUACAACCUGGCAGUUGGUUAUCUUGGCGGAGGCUUGCGACAGCACGCCUUCAAAGUCGGUGGUUUGAAGGUCGUAGCUGCAAAUUUGAGUCAACUCAACAUCCCUUUUGCGAUCGAAGCUUCUCCCAAGUUCCCGGCCUUCCUCGCUGACAUCACUGAAAGAGUCGGUUGCAAAUACGUUGUUACGGACUUCACUCCUCUUCGUUUGAACAAGGAGUGGGUUGCCGCCUUUACGAAGCAUGCCAAGCGCCUUGACAUUCGUUUCGAGCUAGUUGAUGCUCACAAUGUUGUUCCCUGUUGGGUCACUUCGGAUAAGAUGGAACGCGCUGCUGUGACAAUAAGGCCGAAAUUAUGGCAUCAUUUUGAUGAGUUCUGCACGAAGUAUCCGAGGCUCAAGAGACAUCCAUAUACUAUUA